GAAAGGGAAUAGCUGUAAAAUAUAUUGAUGCCGGAGCCUCUCCGUUGACAGGCCGCAGCGCGUGAACAAUCUCCAGCCUGGAGAAGACCUGGGGCCACUGCAUGGCCAGUCUGACACAAUCAGGGUGAAACGGGCCAGAAAAUACUAUUCUCCCCCAUUCUCCUCUCUCAAUCGGGGUUUAAAACUCUGCAGAAUGAGUGACAGAGCGGAGGGGGAGGCGCGCGCGGUCCUGAUCUGGUGUUUUCUGAAACUUGGAGCAAAAGAAGCUGCAGAUGUGGGCUUCUGGUGAAUGAAUGCACCCCUUAGCUCGUGUUUUUUGCUUUAAACGCGGAGCCAGGAGGAGACCACACAUCAACAGCCUCGGUGCAGCUUCAUCUUCUGAGGAUCUGAGCGCAGAUCUGGGUCUGGAAGUGGGUCUCCAAUCGGUGAGCAGGGUCGUAAAUGAGAGGAGGGGAGGGAGAGGAGACGGGGCACCUUUUCCUUUCUUUCUCUCUCGGGUUUUUUUUCUGAAGAGGGAGGGUGUUGUGGGGAAAUGCUCGGCGGACCGUGAAGCGUAACAAGCAAAAACUGGACAAAGACGCACGUAGCGGGACAGAUAACCUCUCCCAACUGCAGAAACGGAUAAAUAAGUUUGGAAAGCGCGGAUGGAAGUUGGAACCAGCGCCAGGAAAACCUGGAAGCCGCGGCAAUGAUGCGUUUGGGUCUAGAAUUUGAGCUCGGCCGCGCGGACACACGGGACGGACUCUGAGUGGACAUGCUUCCGGACAUGACCGUUUCUGGAGCUUUUCCCGAGUCAGAUCCGGACCAGCACAACGCAAAGGCGGAGAACGUCUGUGGAACGUUGGUGGAAAAGUUACGCAACGAACUUUGGUGAAACUCGGUUCCUUUGCUGCGAUUCAUCUGGAGGGUUUGGAUCCUAAAUGUCUUCAACUUAGAGCAACAAGACAACUUGAGCCAAGCAUGCGAUGUGGGUGCAGCGCGCUGGCGCUCCUCCCGGUGCUGGUGGCUUUGGACGCGCAGCUCAUCUGCUGGCAGGCGCUCCUCCGGUGCCACGACGAGCGCGAGUGCGACCUGGCCUACAGCCAGUACCUGGCGGCGUGCGAUGGGAACAUCGGGGGGACCAGGAGGCAGUGUCCCAGCCACUGCAUCAACGCGCUCAUCCGCCUCAACAACACCCGCAGCGGGCCGGACCUGGAGAACUGCGACUGCGCGCAGGACCUGGACUGCCACAGAACCAAGCGGGCCAUCGAGCCGUGCCUGCCCCGCAGACACCCGAGCGACGCCGGGGGGAUCGGCUGCAUGGAGGCCCGCCAGCGCUGCGAGGAGGACAGCGGCUGCCACGCCUCCCUCACGGCCUACCUGUCCCACUGCGGCCAGCUGUUCAACGGCCGGAAGUGCUCCUCCAAAUGCAAAGCCACAAUCCAGCAGAUGCUGUUCAUCCCGAACGGGAUGCUGCUGAACCGCUGCGUGUGUGACGGCGUGGAGAGGCCCUUCUGCGAGGUGGUGAAGGAGAACAUGAGCAAGCUCUGCUCCAUAGGAGACCACAGCGUCAUCUCGGACCAGGAUGGAGAGGACCUGUACGAGGAUGAAGAUUACGAGCUGAAAAGUGACAGAGAGGAAGUUUACACCAACAGUUCUUCCUCCUCCAGGAGCUUCUCCAGCUGCAUGCUGCUCCUGAGUCUCUGGAUUAUACUCUGGGAUUAUUGGAACGUCUGUCUGGAUUAACGCUCCAGGAUGGACGAAACUCCUCCAUGAGAGGAAGCUUGUUGUCAAAAGUCAGCUAAAUGUUUGCAGGUGAGAGGAAGUGACCCUGAGCAGCCUCUUCAAACAGCUCCUGUUUGUUUGGUUUGGUCUGAAUGGUACUUAGAGUGUGGCUUUUUUAAGACCCAGAGUAAACACCGGAGCCAUCCAGCCUGUUUGCUCUGCUCUCCAUUUCAGAGGCCUUAGCAUUGUUGCAGCAGCCACACUUCAAAUAUUUGUGGCAACAGGCAAAGAGGUGUGAGGGAUGUGUGGGACUCAAAUGGACCCAAGCGCCUCUCCAGCACCAGUGCCCCUCCUCACCCCGCCUCAGGUUGUUUUAUUGAACUUUUUCUGAUCCCUCCCUCCACUCAUCAUCAUGCACAGCCUUUAAAAGACCCCCGUCUUUAUUGCUGCCACAACACUUGGAGGAAAGCUGCUGGAUCGGAGUGUCAAACCCGCAGGGUCUGUCGCUGCAGUCCUGAUAUCACUGCUGCAAAUGUAGAACAGCUUUUUCUGUAAAACCUGUAUCUCAUUGGUUCACCUGCACACAGCCCAGAAGAGACUGGUCAAAUCCCAAUGCUCGCACUUCCACACCUGCACCCUUGCAUUGUGUGGUCCCAACCAGGGCUGCGAGUGCAUAGGAUGUCCGGAAGUUGAUCAUGCCCCUUAUGUCCCCUUGUUCCGCACUUGACCCAAGUCUGCAUCUAUGCGGACUUGGGUCAAGUGUAUAACCCACAAUCCAUUGCAACAGGAGAACAGGCUCAAGUUCCUUUUCUGAACAUAUUUAUUUUCUAAUAAAAGCAUUUUAGGACGAUUAGUUCAUGCUCUAAAACUUUUAGACAAGGCAGCAACAAAUGCAAAAUAAUUUCAAAUAAUUGAUUGUUCGGUUGAAAGUUGUUAAUAAAGUUUUUUUUUAAGUAUCACAGCGACCAGCAUCUCGGCAUGCUUUGCGAUCGAUGAUGCAAUGCUCCCUGGGUGUUUCUCAAUGCCAAGGAACCUUGCCUUGAUGUCUUGGCCCCGCCCCGGUUACCUAGGAGAUACGUGUUCCAAUGUUCAUGUUCUACCAAGGCGUGUGUUCUCCGUUUGUUAGCCGUUUAGCUAGCUGAGCAAGGAUACACGGGAGGGGUCUGGUAGCCUAGCCUUGGUCAAAAAUUACCCACAAUACACCGCGGUAUUUUCAAAAGGACGGUGGAUCAGAAGCCGGCAGCUACUUUGGGGACAAUUUUUCAAUUUUAAAAGUAAGUAAGCUAAUUUAAAAUGUCUUUUUUAGAUCCAAAGAAUUUAUCUAUGGUUGGUUAGUAGCUUAGUAGUUGCAGCUUCAGUGGCUAGCAGGUAAUAACUCAAUUACAUUUUUAAUUUAAUAAACAUAUACUUACACAAUUAAAAAAGUAAAAGGCUUGUUAUAUAUCUAUAUUGAAACUAAUAUAUAUAAAAUAUAAUGUUAUCUCCCGUGUCACGUGACGUUACGUGACCGCCGUGGAAGCCGCGGUCACGUGAUGCAAGUCUGUUCCAUUUAACCGUUUUCUUUGACCAAGGACCGUGUCCUCGUAAGCAAGGCGCCUGACCUCGCAAGACAUCGCCUCUCAAGGCCAGGAGCCUUGACACUGAGAAACACCCCCCAGUCUCAAUUCGGCAAUUAUUUGCACACUUGUGUACCGCGCACUUUCUCCAAGUGCUGAAGACCGCAGGGCGCCGUGCAGUAUUGGGACUGGGCCAUUUGUUUAAACCGAGGGGGCAUGGCCUAUUCCUGCAUAGAAACAAAUCACUUUGCAACAGCUGUUCACCUUUUUGCAGUUUAGUCUCGAAGGGCCUCAUUUUGGCUGCAGUUUAGCCUAACUUGUAUUGAGCUUGGUCUCUGACUCCUCGCAAAGUUUUCACACAUUUCUGACUUGCAGAAGAAAAUCAGAGGGAGUGCCAGAUCUGUGUAGACUUUUGUUUUACAAAUAUUUUAAAAGUCAUGAGAGAAAACUGAAAACCCAUGAUUGUUUCAAGACCUGUUGGAGACUCUCUUGUCGGUGUGUGAGCAAUGCUCGCAGCCCCAGUGAGAUUCUGCACAAAGCUCAGAGAUUCACCCUCUUGCACAAAUUCAUAACGAGGUUUAUUUGCGUUGAUCCACAUGCCUUGAAGUCUUUUUUUUUUGUGUGUUUUGAACUGAAAACAUCAGAUUUUUCCCAUUUAGGUGCUUAUGUGGAUUCAAAUCAGCAUCUUUACUGCCUGAUUCAGUUUUCCUCUGAAAGCUGCAAAAAGGUAAAUUAAAAUGAAAAAAACUUUUUUCUUCACCACCUGAAAUGAAUCAAGCCGUUUUAUGUUAAAUUAUGAAGCUAGAUAACGAGGAAUGUGCAUUUUAUAAUCAUCAGAGUCAUUAGAGAAAACAUUUCACUGUUGUUCAGUUUCAACCCAACAAACCUUCACUUUGGAAUCACAAUAAAAUCCUUCUAGCCUGA